ACUUCAUCACUCUUAAAGUUAAAAACAUACACACUUCUCCUCACACACAGUCACAGCAAUGGCCGCCUCCACAAUGGCUCUCUCCUCCCCAUCCUUCGCCGGUCAGGCGGUCAAGACCACCCCCCAGCUCUCCGCCAGCAACGGCGGCCGCGUCUCCAUGCGCAAACCCGCCUCCAAGUCUGUCUCCUCCGGCAGCCCCUGGUAUGGCCCCGACCGCGUCAAGUACCUCGGCCCCUUCUCCGGCGAGGCCCCCAGCUACCUCACCGGCGAGUUCCCCGGCGACUACGGCUGGGACACCGCAGGGCUCUCCGCCGACCCAGAGACCUUCGCCAAGAACAGAGAGCUGGAGGUGAUCCACUCGAGGUGGGCCAUGCUCGGCGCCCUCGGCUGCGUCUUCCCCGAGCUCCUCUCCCGCAACGGCGUCAAGUUCGGGGAAGCCGUGUGAUGGGGUACGUACUAAA